UCAUACUCGGCGGCGGGCAGCGAGGGUAGCAUCUCCACCUCCGUGGCGUCCCUGCCCCCGACCUUAACGGCGUCCGAUAGCUCCGCUCCCAGCUCGCCGGGCUCGCGGCGUUCCGUAAGCACCUUGAAGAAGUGGCUGACCAAUCCAGUCCGCAAGCUCAGCGCCGAGGCCGUCAACGUCUCAGCCAGCGCCAAGGGGGAGCGGCAGGUCAAGAAGUUGGAUGGGGGAAGCAAGCCCCCUCCUCCUAUUCCACCCUCUAGGCAUAGUAAUGGCCUGGGCCUGGGGCUGGGCAGACCCCUGGCAGGGCUGGGGCUGGGCAGACCCCUGGGAGGGCUGGGGCUGGGCAGACCCCUGGGAUCAGAGGACCACCUCACCACCAUACUACCCAUCGCACACAAAGAGAUGGUGAGUGUAGAGCCAUUGCUAAGCACCGGUAUUACCUCUGUAAAGGUAGAGAACACUAGGGGUACACACACCUACAUUACAUACAGGGUACAUACAGUGAGGACUAGCUACUCUACAUUGGGACUAUGGACACUGACAGAUUUGAAAUGGACCUCAUAAGUCAACUCAUCAUUAUAAUGUGUAGAAAUCCCUUAAUAUCUGUAUCACAAGGUGUAUUAACAUUUUACAUUUUAGUCAUUUACCAGACACUCUUAUCCAGAACGACUUACAGUGCAUUCAUCUUAAGAUAGCUAGGUGGCACAACCACAUAUCACAGGCAUAGUUAGUACACUUUUCCUCAAUAAUGCAGCUAUCAGGAAAGUCGGAGCUAGAAGGGGAGUGUGUGUGUGGGGGGGGGGGGGGGGGUGUUCAAGUGCAAUGGUUGGUACAGGAUUUUUUAAAAUGUAUUUGUGGGGGAGGGGCGAGGUGAGGAGGGGUUUUAUUUAAGAUACUCUUUGAAGAGGUAGGGUUUCAGGUGCUUUCGGAAGAUGGUUCAACCAUUGGGGUGCAGAACAGAGUGCUCGGGUUGGGGUGUAGGGUUUGAGCAUAGCCUGAAGGUAGGGAGGGGCAGUUCCUCUUGCUACUCCUUAGGCAAGUACCAUGGUCUUGUAGUGGAUGCGAGCUUCGACUGGAAGGCAGAGGAGUGUGCAGAGGAGCGGGGAAGGUUGAAAACCAGGCAAGCUGCAGCGUUCUGGAUAAGUUGCAGGCGUUUGAUGGCACAAGCGGGGAGCCCAGUCCAACAGUAAGUUGCAGAAGUCCGGACGGGAGAUGACAAGUGCCUGGAUUGAGACCUGCGCCACUUUCUGUGUGAGGUAGGUUUGUACUCUACGAAUGUUGUAGAGCAUGAACCUGCAGGAGUGAGUCACUGCUUUGAUUUCUGCAGAGAACGACAGGGUGUUGUCCAGGGUCAUGCCAAGGUUCUUUGCACACUGGGAGGGCGACACUGUUGAGUUAGCAACCGUGAUGGGGAGGUCUUUGAGCGGGAAGGCCUUCCCCGGGACGAAGAGCAGCUCCGUCUUGUCGAGGUUGAGCUUGAGGUGGUGGGCCAACAUCCAAGCUGAGAUAUCUGCCAGGCACGCAGAGAUGUGUGUCACCACCUGGGUGUCAGAAGCGGGAUGGAGAAAAGUAGUUUAAUGUCAUCCGCAUAGCAAUAAUAGGAGAGACCAUGUGAGGAUAUGACGGAGCCGAGUGACUUGGUGUAUAGAGAGAAGAGGAGAGGGCCUAGAACCGAGCCCUGGGGGACACCACUAAUGAGAGUACGUAGUGCAAACACAGAUCCUCUCCACGCCACCUGGUAGGAGUGGCGUGCCAGGUAGGAUGCAAUCCAAGAGUGUGCAGAGCCUGAGAGACCCCAGCCCAGAGAGGGUGGAGGGGAGGAUCUGAUGGUUCACUGUGUCGAAGGCAGAGGAUAGAUCUAGGAGGAUGAGGAGAGAGAGAGUCAGCUUUGGCAGUGUGGAGAGCCUCCGUGACACAGAGAAGAGCAGUCUCGGUUGAGUGACCCGUCUUGAAGCCUGACUGGUUAGGGUCAAGAAGACCGUUCUGAGAGAGAUAACAAGAGAGUUGACCAGAGACAGCAUGCUCAAGUCUUUUGGAAUGAAAAGAAAGAUAGGAUACCGGGCUAUAGUUUUUGAUGUCGGAUGAGUCGAGUGUUGGUUUCUUGAGGAGGGGAGCGACUUUUUAAGUCAAAGGGGACGCAGCCAGUUGUCAUUGAUGAGUUGAAAAUGUAUGCACUCACUAACUGUAAGUCUCUCUGGAUAAGAGCGUCUGCUAAAUGACUAAAAUGUAAAUGUAAUGAGUUGAUGAGGGACGUGAGGAAUGGGAGAAGGUCUCCAGGGAUGGUCUGGAGAAGGGAGGAGCGGAUGGGGUCGAGCGGGCAUGUUGUCGGGUGGCCAGAACUCACUAGUCACAGGAUUUCAUCUGGAGAGAGAGGGGAGAAAGAGGUCAAGGUGUAGGUUAGUUCUGUGUGAGUGGGACCAGUGGACUCAAUAGGCUGAUUGAAUGAGGAGCGGAUGUUGUCAACCUUCCUUUCAAAGUGGUUGACAAAGUCGUCCUGCAGAGAGUGAGGAGGGAGGGGGAGGGGUGGAGGAUUAAGGAGGAAGGAGAAGGUGGAAAAGAGUUUCCUAGGGUUAGAGGCAGAAGCUUGGCUUCAGCAGCGGAUACAGAGGAAGAGAAGUUAGAGAGAAGGGAGUGAAAAGAUUAUAGGUCCUCCGGAAGUUUAGUUUUCCUCCAUUUCCGCUCAGCUGCCCGCAGCACUGUUCCAUAAGCUCGUAAUGAGUCACUCAGCCAUGGAACAGGAGGGUAGGGCCGAGCAGGGCCUGGAGGAAAGUGGAGGAGAGUAGGGUCGAAUAGGCAGAAUCAGGAGACAGGAGGGAGAAGAAUUUAGCAGAAGGGAGAGAUGAUAGGAUAGAAGAGGAGAGAGUAGUGGGAGAGAGAAAGCGAAGAUUGCGACGGUGCAUGACCAUCUGGGUAGGGGCUCAGUGGUUAGGGUUGGAGGAAAGGGAGACAGAAAAGGAAACAAAGUAGUGAUCAGAGACCUGAAGGGGGGCUGCAAUGAGAUUAGUAGGCAAACAGCCUCUAGUAAAGAUGAGGUCAACCGUAUUGCCUGCCUUGUGAAUUGGAGGGGAUUGGAAAGGGUGAGGUCAAAACAGGCAAGGAGGGGAAAGAGAGAGUUGGAAAUAAAUUAAUCAAAGGCAGAGGUUGGGAGGUUGAAGUUGCCAAUUACGAAGAGCGGUGAACCAUCGUCAGGAAAUUAGCUUAAGUGUCAUGCUCAUUGAGUAACUCUCCAAGGGCACUUGGUGGGUGAUAGAUGACAACAAUGUUCAUCUUGAGUGGACAAGUGACAGUGACAGCAUGGAAUUAAAAUGAGAAGAUGGACAGGUGAGAGGGAGAAAAUAGAACAUCUCCAGUUAGGAGAAAUGAGUAGACCUGUGCCACCACCGCGACAUCAAGGGAUGGAUGGGCAGCAUAUUGCUGAGAUGAACUCGGCGUUCUUGACCACAGAUCAGCAGUUCCAAACGCUGCCAGAGACCCGGAAUUCCACAUGGGUUGUGCUCGCAGGGUACACCAAAUUAGAAGGGUUGCAGCCAAGGGGUGGGGAGUGUCUGUAAAGCCUGCAGGGAGAGGAGUGAACAGGUAUAGAAAACACUAACAUAGUUGCCAUAGCUACAAAAGAGCAAAAUGAGAUCAUCAGUAAAUAACUAGGUAAUAUCCUGAAGUGAGAGUGGUGUGGAGCCUUCCAUUCUUUCCCUCCUCAAAGAACUCUGCAGAACAACUACGUAGAACUGUCUUAGUUUCGGCGAUGGUCUUAGUUAAGGAGUAAAUAGACUAUUGAUUGCUUAGUACACCUGCCACACGAUUACUAUUCCUGAGCAAAUAUCUACAUAUAAAAUCGAGAUCAACUACAUUUUCUGUGUAGAUAUCUACCAACAGCUUGCCCAACCGCAGCCAAUUGACAGUACAGUACCUCACCUAUGAAUCCCAACACAGUUGACUGCAGCAUGGUUUACCCAUAGCUUACCCACAUGGUGUAUACAUGGUGGAUAGUCACAGUGUGAGCACAGUCAUGAUGCUAGUUAGUUAUUUAAUAACAGCGCUGGAGAUGGUGAUCCUGGGGAUGAUUCUGACACAGUCACAGUGUUACACUGAUUAAUGUGUUGUUGAUGUUGUGUUAUGUUGAGUAAUGAUGUUCUCCCUCUGUGUGUGUGUGUGUGUGUGUGUGUGUGUGUGUGUGUGUGUGUGUGUGUGUGUGUGUGUGUGUGUGUGUGUGUGUGUGUGUGCGUGCGUGCGUGUGUUGUAGGAGUGCAGGUAUAGUUGGCCAGUCCUGAGGAUCUUUCCCCAGCAACCCUAAACUCUCCCAGCUACCUGGCCGACUCACUACAGAGCUGUACUUCACUGGCCUACACA